UCCGCCGGGCCGCGCGGCCCGCCGCCUGCUUCCGGGGCGGGCGGACACUGGGCGCCUGGUGCCGGCGGCAGCAGCCACAGCGCCCCCGGGAAGCAGCAGGAAGAAGCAGGGACGAGUGGAGCCGCCGCAGACUGAGUCGCGGCCGGGAUGUCCGGGCAGCCUCCGCCGCCACCGCCGCAACAGCAGCCGCCGCCGCCGCCCGCCGCCGGGGCCCCGGGCUCCGGAGUCGCCCUACCCGCGCCCGCGGCCGCCAGCGCCGGCUCCUCUCCGGCCGGCUCUCCCGGCGGAGGUUUGGGGGCCGCGGCGGCCGCCCUGCUGCUCCAUCCGCCGCCGCCGCCGCCCCCGGCCACCGCCGCGCCGCCGCCCCCCGCCUCGGCGGCCGCCCCCGCCAGCGCGCCGCCCGGCCUGGCUGCGGGCCCCGGCUCGGCCUCAGGCGUCCCGGCCCCGGGCCUGGCGGCGGGCAGCAGCGCCGCGGCCCCCUUCCCGCACGGCGACUCGGCCCUCAACGAGCAGGAGAAGGAACUGCAGCGGCGGCUGAAGCGCCUCUACCCGGCCGUGGACGAGCAGGAGACGCCGUUGCCCCGGUCCUGGAGCCCGAAGGACAAGUUCAGCUAUAUCGGCCUCUCGCAGAACAAUCUGCGGGUGCACUACAAAGGUCAUGGUAAAACCCCCAAAGAUGCAGCAUCUGUUCGAGCCACGCAUCCAAUACCAGCAGCCUGUGGGAUUUAUUAUUUUGAAGUAAAAAUUGUCAGUAAGGGAAGAGAUGGCUACAUGGGAAUUGGUCUUUCUGCUCAAGGUGUGAACAUGAAUAGACUACCAGGUUGGGAUAAACAUUCAUAUGGUUACCAUGGGGAUGAUGGACAUUCGUUUUGUUCUUCUGGAACUGGACAACCGUAUGGACCAACUUUUACAACUGGUGAUGUCAUUGGCUGUUGUGUUAAUCUUAUCAACAAUACCUGCUUUUACACGAAGAAUGGACAUAGUUUAGAUUUUCACAAACAUUUAAAUCAAACCUUUUCAUUGAAUAAGAAAGCCAUUUUAAAAGGUAUUGCUUUCACCGACUUACCGCCAAAUUUGUAUCCUACUGUGGGGCUUCAGACACCAGGAGAAGUGGUUGAUGCCAAUUUUGGGCAACAUCCUUUUGUAUUUGAUAUAGAAGACUACAUGCGAGAAUGGAGAACCAAAAUACAGGCCCAGAUAGACCGGUUUCCUAUUGGGGAUCGAGAAGGAGAAUGGCAGACCAUGAUACAAAAAAUGGUUUCAUCUUAUUUAGUCCACCAUGGGUACUGUGCCACAGCAGAGGCCUUUGCCAGAUCUACAGACCAGACUGUUCUAGAAGAAUUAGCUUCCAUUAAGAAUAGACAAAGAAUUCAGAAGUUGGUGUUAGCAGGACGAAUGGGAGAAGCCAUUGAAACAACACAACAGUUAUACCCAAGUUUACUUGAAAGAAAUCCCAAUCUCCUUUUCACAUUAAAAGUACGUCAGUUUAUAGAAAUGGUGAACGGUACAGAUAGUGAAGUACGGUGUUUGGGAGGCCGAAGUCCAAAAUCUCAAGACAGCUACCCCGUCAGUCCUCGGCCUUUUAGUAGUCCAAGCAUGAGUCCCAGCCAUGGAAUGAGUAUCCACAAUUUAGCACCAGGCAAAAGCAGUACUGCACAUUUUUCUGGUUUUGAAAGCUGUAGCAAUGGUAUAAUAUCAAAUAAAGCACAUCAAUCAUAUUGCCAUAGUAAACACCAGUUAUCCAGUUUGAAUGUACCAGAGCUAAACAGUAUCAAUGUGUCAAGGUCACAGCAAGUAAAUAACUUUACCAGUAAUGAUGUAGACAUGGAAACAGAUCACUACUCCAAUGGAGUUGGAGAAACUUCAUCCAAUGGUUUUCUAAAUGGUAGCUCUAAACAUGACCACGAAAUGGAAGAUUGUGACACCGAAAUGGAAGUUGAUUCCAGCCAGUUAAGACGCCAGCUGUGUGGAGGAAGUCAGGCUGCCAUAGAAAGAAUGAUCCACUUUGGUCGAGAGCUACAAGCCAUGAGUGAGCAGCUGAGGAGAGAAUGUGGCAAGAACACAGCAAAUAAAAAAAUGCUGAAGGACGCAUUCAGUUUACUAGCGUAUUCAGAUCCUUGGAACAGUCCAGUUGGAAAUCAACUUGACCCAAUUCAGAGAGAACCUGUGUGCUCGGCUCUUAACAGUGCAAUAUUAGAAACCCACAAUCUGCCAAAGCAACCUCCACUUGCCCUAGCAAUGGGACAGGCCACACAAUGUCUAGGACUGAUGGCUCGAUCAGGAAUUGGAUCCUGUGCAUUUGCCACAGUGGAAGACUACCUACAUUAGCUAUGCACUUCAGGAGCUCACACUUACAUUGUGGCAAAUAGUCAACAUGGAAGUAGACCGGCUCUGCUGAUUUGAAAUUUAGAUUUUUUUAAUUAUGUACUGGGGACAGGUUUUUGUCGCUUUACAUUGCUUCCUAGUUUACAGCAUGAUGCAAAUGAUUUUCUAACUUAGUGUUAGGAGAAAAUAUUUUCCAUCUUUUAACCUCUUAGUUGUCUAAGAGUUAAAUAUUACUGAAUUUCAGACGUUCAAAUUGAUCAUCAGAAAUCCUUUAAAAACAAUUACCUAAAAGAAACCAAAAAUCCUGCCUUCUUUGUUGGGGGGAGAAGGGGGAGGAAAUGGAACAAGUUGUGUUUGUGUUAGCAUGUGGGUGAUGUAAACUACAAAUUGGGAGCUGUUCCGACCCCCGCUCCUGUGUAAGCAUUCAAUCAGUGUAACUUGCAAAAUGCAUAAACAUCCGACAGUUUGAAUUUAAUAGUGUUGAUGGAAGAAAUCAUUUUUAAUGUGUACUGUAAAACUUGAAAUACUCAGGAGCUGAGUGAGUAUGUUUGUUGCUACUUACAAUCCCGACCUGUUAGUCCCAGUAAUUUUGUUUUAACAUGGUCUUUUUCAACUUUGUUUCCUGUUUAACUACAGAUGACUUCUGUUGUAGACUCACAAGUUUAACUGUUGUAUUAUAACAGUAUUACAUGUCAACAGUGUGGUUAUGACCUUUAUUUAUAUAAAAACCAAAUAUUUAGUCAAUUUACCGUGUCUUAAUUUAAUCUUUGUACACCUUCCAUUUUUAAGUGCUUAAAUGAGUACUAUAUUGCAAUAAAAAUGUAGUGAUAUAAUUAACCAGCCAUUAAAAAUUUACUUCUACAGA